AUCUUGGGGGAGGGGCUGUAUUUCACGAGGCUGCAGCUGACAAGAAGCUUCAAGGUUAAUGCCAGAGAUGUACAUGACCUAGGGAAUGUGCAUGUGAAGCCAUCUGAAUCCCAAAAAGGAAGUACAACCAUAGAAGCAUCAACCAGGAAGAAGGUCCUGCUGGACAAGCAGCUGGAGUGAGAAUCAAAGCAACGGGAUUAUUGGACUGGGCCCUCCAAAGUCCAUGUGACAUUGUUCAGGGAGGGGCCUUUUGUCUUCUCUAUCACAGGGAGGAGGCAGAGCAUUCUCUAAAGAAGCUUGGAAGCAUUCGGUUCCUGGACAGUCUUGGUAGAGGGACUGCAUUUCAGGAGGCUGCUGCUUACAAAAAGCUUCAAGUGGACAUUUUCCUGGACUUGAUCAAGUGUGUAACCUGGUUGCUGUGUUGGCUACAGCCCUAUGUGUGUCCUCCUUGCAGCUGAUUCUUUCAAACAACAGUGAAAAUCAAAACAACUAGAUCAAAGGAACCGAUCUUCUGUGAUCCAUGUAAUACUGGUAUCUUCCAUAUCGACCUAUAUAAACAACAAGAUCAAGCAUACUUGGGAAAAUCUACUGGAGGAGAACAGGCUACAAGCUAUAAAUAGUUUGUAGUUCUGAGACAAAGGAGAUUUUGGUGAGAGUGUUGUUUUUGGUAGGAACAGCCUUAGCGGUGAGAAGAAUAGACAUACACCUCAGUGUCUGAUAACAAUCUUUUAACACACAAAUCUAAAUCACAAUGGAUGCUGAAUAUGUCUUAUGCAAUUGGAAAGACCAGUUCUGGCCAGCAAAAGUUUUAUCCAGAUCUGAGACUUCAUCAAACAGUAAGAGAAAAAAGACAUUUUUCCUAGAAGUUCAAAUACUUUCACUAGGUGAAAAAAUUAAAGUGGAAAGCACAGAAACAAAAAUCCUAAAUAAAUCUCAAAUUGAAGCCAUUGCCUCCUCAUUGGCAGCACAAUCAGAGGGCAAUUCACCUAGAGAUGAAACAGCUUAUGAAAGGUCACUAAAAGUGGCACUGGGUGUUCUGAAUGAGAGAACAAAUUUGAAUCAAGCAAGCAGUUCAGAUGAAGAGAGCACUACACUGUCUCAACAUGUAUCACAAAAGCUUUCUGAUUUACCCCCUCGUAAAAAGUAUCGGAAGCAUAAAGGAGACUUGUCGAAGUAUCUUGAGGAAAGUGAAAAUCAAACAUCCCUGUUAGUAUCUUCAGAGAGUGAUGACUCCCUAUAUGAUGAAAAACCACAGGUGCAUGCAACCAUUGAUACUAUUCCAAGUGAGAUGGAAACAAAGUUAUCACCAAACUCCAGAUGGUGCCAAACAUUCCCUUCAAUUUCAGAAGAAGAUGAAAAGGAGGACAAAAAAAAUAUUGACAUCGUGUCUUUGCAUUCCACAAUCAAAGAAGAAGAUGCUUAUGUUAAGGAAGAGAAGUUCACUCCAACUUCACCAUCAGAUAUCUUAAUUGUGCCCAAAGCUUUGAAAGAGGAGCCAGAGGACAUCUGCCCAGAAACCCUGGCUGUUUCCCCUGAAUUCCCUACCUUCUCAGACUCAGAGAAUAUUGAUGAUCCUGGAGAGGGUCCCUCGAAUUCAUGCUUAAAUACCAGCCAGAAUCAACUUGUGGAAUCAGGGAUGGGUGCUGUGGUGUCCUCACAGCAUUGUUCAUGGGAAUGUCAGCUUUCAUAUAGUGCUUUUAAUUGUGUCAUGGAUUCUUCACUUAUUGGGAAUAAUGAAAGAAGUCUUCAGAGUGUGGAUUUGGAGGAACAUGGGGAAGAACUUCAAGCUUCUGAUAAGUCAGUACCUCAAAAUCCUAUUGAUACUUCUGUAUAUGAUGAUGAUGAUGAUGAUGAAGAUGAAGUACUUCCACGCCUUGUUUUUAAUUACGAACCACGUUCAUUUGAAACAGGUAUGAUAGUCUGGUUUAAAUAUAAAAAAUAUCCAUUUUGGCCAGCAGUGGUGAAAAGCAUCAGGCGAAAAGAGAAAAAAGCAAGUGUGCUUUUUGUUGAGGCAAGCAUGAAUCCUGAAAAGAGAGGCAUUAGAGUGCCUUUGAGAAGAUUAAAGAAAUUUGACUGUAAAGAGAAACAAGAACUAGUGGAGAAAGCCAAGGAGGAUUACAGUGAAAGUAUUGACUGGUGCAUCUCGCUGAUUUGUGACUACAGAGUUAGAAUAGGUUGUGGUUCUUUUACAGGUUCUUUCCUUGAAUAUUAUGCUGCUGACAUUAGUUAUCCAAUCAGAAAAGUAAUCAAACAGGAUACCUUCAGGAACUUAUUUCCAAAGCUGCACAAUGAAGAUUCUAUGGAACCAAUGGCCAUGACUUCCCAGACCAAGAAAAUGUCCUUCCAAAAAAUUCUCCCUGACCGAAUGAAAGCAGCUCGGGAUCGAGCCAAUAAGAACCUAGUGGACUUCAUUGUGAAUGCAAAAGGAACAGAGAACCAUCUUCUAUCCAUUUUAAAUGGCACAAAAGGGUCCAGGUGGUUGAAAUCAUUUUUGAAAGCAAAGAGGUUCACUCCCUGUAUUGAAACAUACUUUGAGGAUGAAGAUCAGUUGGAUGAAGUGGUGAAAUAUUUACAAGAAGUCUACAAACAAGUAGAUGAAAGAAUGCUGGCUCUGAUAAGAGAUGAUAAAAUUAAAUUUAUCCUAGAAGUUCUUCUGCCAGAAGCAAUUAUUUGUUCAAUUUCUGCUGUUGAUGGCUUGGAUUACAAGGCAGCAGAAGCAAAGUAUCUAAAAGGACCAUCUCUAGGAUAUAGGGAAAGAGAGUUAUUUGAUGCUAAAAUCAUAUUUGAAAAGAGACGGAAACCAUCAACAAAAGCUCACUAAAUUACCUAAGCACCCAAAUUAUAACAGGAAGCUUUCAUAGAUACUAAUUAAAAUAAAUCUCUCUAACAUAUGUUUUCCAGAAAUGAGCAACUUUAGGUAAUAUGUUCACUUUUUUUGAUCUCUGUGAUCUGUGAAUAUUACUACAUUAACAUUUUCUUUCUCGUGCUUCUUCAAUGGCCAUUUUAUCGACAAAUUUCAGCAGCUCUAAUGUCUCGUACAUUUCUAGAAUUCAUAACACCUAGAUAAUUUUUAAGGGAAAGUACUGUUUUGUUUUCUUGACAUAUUUGUGUCUAUGCUGUAUAUUAAUUAUA